CCUUCUCGUCUCUCCUUCUGCGCAGGUCCCAUCCGCUGCCUUGCACUGCUCCGCGACUCAAUCCGCGUUUCCGACAGCACACCUGCCCGGCGCCACUGCACAGCUCGACCUCCUUCCACCGGUUUCCUCACGACGCAACUCCCCCAUCAACACCGCGGAUUCAGUCUCUACUGCAUCAGUAUUACCCGGCCUCUCGCCAGCUUCCCCCACGAUGGUCGGGCUCACGUCUGCUGCCGGCGUCGUCGGCUUCCUCUCUGAACCAGAUCCCGCCUUGCGCUCCUUUGCCCUACACCGGUUAAACGAGGAGAUCGACCUACUGUGGCCGGAAGUCGCUGGCUCAGUCUCUCAGAUUGAGGCUCUUUACGAGGAUGAGUCGUUCCCGGAGCGAGAACUCGCGGCUCUGGUCGCGGCGAAGGUGUAUUAUCAGCUGCAGGAAUACAACGAGAGUAUGGUCUUUGCGCUCGGUGCUGGCAAGCACUUCGACAUCCACCAUCCCGGGGAGUUUGAGGAGACAAUCUUGGCGAAAUGCCUUGAUACAUACAUCGCCCUGUCCGCGAUGCACAACCCUGCGACGCCCAUAAGUAAGGCUAACCAAUCGCCGCCGCAGCUGAUCACAUCGUUUGAUCGGAACACAUCCGGCGGCGCCAGCACAUCAGCAAGCCUAACGUCGCCAAUUACACCUUUCUCGCAGUCUGCGCUGCCCUCCAAAUCGCUCCUUUCCCGGGAAGACUCGUCAACGUUCGAUCCUACACUCCCCGGCGGCGGCAACGCAGGCGUGGCCGGCGCCCAUCCUACGCCGCUAGUACUUCAGCGCAGCGUCCAGAAGAACCUCCAGGCUACGAUACGGCGAAUCUUCGAGAGCUGCUACGAGAAUGGCGAUUACAAGCAGGUAGUGGGUAUUGCUAUCGAAGCGCGGAAUCUCGAGGUCCUGCGGGAGUGCUUUCUCCGGGCGAGCCAGGACGAGAAGAAGCAAGGCAAGAAGCCUGCGAACAGCGCGCCCACGAAGAGUGAGGAGCUGAUGGAGUACGUCCUCGACAUCUGCAUGAAUGUGGUGCAGGAGCGCGGCUUGAGGAACGAGAUCCUCCGCCUCAUCCUCGAUCUUCUCAACGAUAUCCCCAACCCGGACUAUUUCUCUAUCGCGAAAUGCGUCGUCUAUCUGAAUCAGCACUCGAUGGCCUCGAACCUCAUACGACAGCUCGUCCAACGAGGCGACAGCAAGUCGCUUGCCGUGGCCUACCAGAUUUCCUUCGACCUUUACGAGAACGGUACCCAAGAGUUCCUUGGCAAGGUUAUGGAGGAACUACCAGCCGAGGAGAAGAGCGAGGAGAAGCCAGCCGCAAAUGGGGAUGCGUCACAUAAGCCUCGAGCUGACGAUGCUGGAGAGUCAGACGGUCUGCUUUCGAACAUGGAUACAAGCAAUGAAGGCCCAACGAUAUCAACUGUAGUGUCUCGUACCAAGCAGAAAGCGCCGUCGGACGAGGAGCUCAAGGCUUUCACCCAGGUGCGCGAGGUGCUUCGCGGUACGAAGAGCAUCGAACUCAACCUAGAGUUCUUGUACCGGAACAAUCACGCCGACAAGAAUAUCCUCAACAAGAUUCGGGAUAGCUUGGAGUCCCGAAAUUCCAUCUUUCACACAGGAGUCACCUUUGCAAACGCCUUCAUGAAUGCCGGAACAACAAACGAUACAUUCUUCAGAGAGAACUUGGACUGGCUGGGUAAAGCGGUAAAUUGGUCAAAGUUCACAGCCACCGCUGCUCUGGGUGUUAUCCACCGAGGCAACAUCACUCAAGGGCAGAAGCUUCUGGAACCAUAUCUUCCAAAGGACACCGUCUCUUCCGGUUCCCACUACGAGCAGGGUGGAUCGCUCUACGCGCUAGGCUUGAUAUACUCCAAUCACGGAACCCAUGUGCUGGACUACUUGCUCAAACAGUUCCAGAACGCUUCUGAAGAGGUCAUCCAACACGGUGGUGCACUCGGCUUGGGUGUCGCUGGCAUGGCGACAGGCUCUGAGGAUAUCUUCGAUGCGUUCAAGAGCGUCCUCUACACCGACUCCGCCAUCAAUGGCGAAGCGGUGGGUCUUGCGAUGGGUCUUGUCAUGCUCGGCACCGGCAACAUCAAGGCUCUUGAGGACAUGAUCCAGUACGCUCAUGAUACUCAGCAUGAGAAGAUCGUCCGAGGUCUUGCCAUGGGCAUGGCUCUCAUCAUGUAUGCUCGGCAAGAAGCCGCAGAGGAGCUCAUCAACGGUCUGCUCGAUGACCCAGACCCAACCCUACGUUAUGGUGGUAUCAUGACCAUCGCCCUCGCAUACUGCGGUUCAGGCUCCAACAAGGCUGUCCGGAGGUUACUACAUGUCGCUGUCAGCGACGUUAGCGACGACGUUCGGAGAGUAGCCGUAAUGAGCUUGGGUUUUGUCUUGUUUCGAAAACCCGGCAGCGUCCCACGAAUGGUCGAGCUCCUCGCGGAAUCCUAUAACCCUCAUGUCCGAUAUGGCGCGACCAUGGCUCUCGGUAUCGCUUGCGCAGGCACUGGACUUCACGAGGCUAUCGACCUCCUCGAGCCUAUGAUGAAGGAUUCUACCGACUUUGUCCGACAAGGAGCGCUUAUCUCCCUUGCCAUGAUCAUGGUCCAGCAAAACGAGGCGAUGAACCCCAAGGUCGCAACGAUUAGGAAAACCCUUGCAAAGGUCAUUGGUGAUCGUCACGAGGAUGCUAUGGCUAAGUUUGGCUGCGCUCUUGCUCUUGGAAUCAUCGACGCCGGUGGCCGCAACUGCACGAUCGGUCUGCAGACGCAAACUGGUAACCUAAACAUGACGGCCAUUGUGGGCAUGGCCGUCUUCACUCAGUACUGGUAUUGGUUCCCGUUGACACAUUUCCUGUCCCUCAGCUUCACACCUACGGCCAUCAUCGGCAUCGACCAGGACCUUGAGAUUCCAUCAUUCAAGUUCCACAGCAACACGCGACCGAGCAUGUUCGAUUACCCUCCGGAACAAGAAGUGAAGACAGAGGAGGCACCUCAGAAAGUCAAGACUGCUGUUCUGUCUACCACUGCUCAAGACAAGCGCCGAAAGAUGGUCAAGGCACGACAACAGCGCCGCGAGAGCAUGGACGUCGACCAUACACCCACAACACCCAAGCCGGACGAGGACAAGAUGGAUAUCGAUGAGGAGGCAAAGAAGGACGAAAAGGAGAAAGAGAAAGAAGGCACGCCGGCGGCGGAGACGUCCAAAAAGAAGAUGGAGAAGGAGAAGGUUGGCUACGAUCUAGAGAACAUGUCGCGCGUUCUUCCCGCUCAGGUGAAGUAUAUCAGCUUCCCUGAGGAGCGAUAUGUUCCAGUCAAGAAGCCAACCGGAGGUGUUAUUCUACUUACGGAUACCAAACCUUCAGAGCCCAAGACACUACUGGAGUUGAAGGUGAAGAAGGCAGCACCUGCUCCGGCGCCGGGCGCAGCAGGCCCUUCCGGCGAUCAAGCACCCGCGGGCGUGCAGACCGCGUCUGAUUCUGCGCCGGUGAGCGACAACUUGGUCGACGAAGGGAGCGAGGAAGCAGACAUGCCUGGGGAAUUUGACUACAACUCGGAUAUCGGAGAGGACGACUAGGAGUCGUACGUGUGAAAUGAAUGUGCUCUUUGUAUCAUCACUACAUGGGCUUUUCCAGCCGAAGGACGCAUUAAUUCAGGCGUAGGGAGGCAAGAGGCGCUGUCAGCCCGACCCGCUUAGACUUGAUUGAGCAAUGUAUAAUAAAUAGCCCAUAGGGUCCGCAGAUACACAUGUACUCUUAUGCUAUGCAUUAGUUUGGCC